UUGAUUGAUUACUUUGCCUUGGUUGGCCACCCCAAUUGCCUCAGUUAGGCGUGCUUCGUCGACCUUGCUGGAAUUCGACUGUAGCGCGUGUAGUUAGCCUGGGGUUUGUGAGUGUGGGUAGGUUUUUUUCACCAGAUCAAAGACCGCCACGACCAGGGCAUGAGCUGCGGAUGAAGCUGUUGGUGGGGAAGCCCUCGGCUGGCUGUUUCGCACAGUGGAUAUUCGUGGCUGUCUGUCUAUCUUUCUAUCUAUCUCUCUUUGCCUGGGCUACCUACAGGGCAGCAGCGACAGCAGGGCAUGCCUCCACGUAGACCCCUCACGCUUACCACACCCGACCGUCUGAUCUUGCUGCUGCUCGUCGUGUUGCUGACAGCGAGAUGUGGUCACGCCACGUUGCCCUGCCUGCUUUCAGGCUCCACUUACCUCUGUGGAGCGCGGCAGCUGACUGUCUUUCCGUCUGACUCUAUUCCCGCCUCAGCUACAAAUCUAAGUUUGGAACGCAAUCAGUUGACAGUCCUCGCGGACAAAGCAUUCGGUGCAUCGACACAGCUAACUCAGAUCCAUCUGGAGUACAAUCAGAUCUCAUCGGUCAAUGUUCUUGCCUUUGCUGGCAUGAUUAACCUGAAAACUCUGUUUCUGGACAAUAACCAAAUCGCCUACCUGCCCGGGGCUCUCUUUGAAAGCUCGCCACAUCUUCAUUUCUUGCAUCUUUCGUCCAACCGCCUGGAGACGCUGACAGCUGGAUUGUUCAAGCCCUUCUCUAAUGUUACUAUACAUGUGUAUUUGGAUGGUAAUCCGCUGAAGAAAGGUUACCACCUGUGUUGCUUGGUGCCGGCUAGAACGGACCAGGCACAGCGAGGUUCUGUGGUGGCUCUGGGCCUAAGUCGGGAGGUGGAGGACUUCUUCACGGCAAAUGUGACCCAUGCUGUCUGUGGCAGUGGUUGCACGACCGUGCCCGCCAGCUCAUUGACGUGCCCAUCAGGCGUGCAGUGCCGAGGAACUGUCAGGGAACACACCUGUCCAGCAAAGUCACUGUCGACUGCCGCUGUCUGUGGAACGGACCUGACGACGGUAUCGAACGGCAUGCUGGUGGCGCGGCCAAGCGGGACAAGUGCUGAGUUGUACUGCAAGCGUGGACACCGGGUGCACGGCGAGAGCGUGUAUACAUGUGCCGCCGCGGAGACAGCGGCGGCGGUGGCUGCUGGAGGCAGUGCCGACCGCAAUGCCUCCUGGGUUGGCAGCGGCACAUGCCAAGAGGCCAGCGAAUGCAUGACACUGUCUAGCCUUCUCAUCAUCAUCAUCCCGUCGGCGUGCGGCUUUCUGGCGCUGAGCGUGUGCGUGUGUGGUGUCUUCUGCCGCUGCAAGCACAGGCCGCCCGCCGAGCUGGCGCUCCCGCCGGCCAAGCGCCAGGCUCUGGAGGAGCACGGCGGCACGAUGGGCAUCUCCAUGUGGAACGAUCAGGGAUGCGAUGCGCCCAGCGCCGGACCCGCUAGCGGCUCCAACUCCACCGGCCGCGGAGAUACAAGCGCUCCGCAUUCGGUGACGCAUCGCGACAGCACCGGCACCGACCACAGCAACCCGUACGUCACAACAACGAUAAGCACCCUGUCAAGCAAGGGGUUUGACCGACGGCGCAGUGCCCCAGGCAACCCAAGAGGCUCUCAGUCCGCUCCGUCCAAGGAGGAGAGCCAGGAGCAGCCGACGCACAGCCCGACCCAAUACUCCAGCGCCAGGCGCCGGGCCGAGAAUAACCCACCGCCAGUUGCUGCACGCCGAUCGCACAUCGGUGCAAGCGCGACGGUGAGUGACGGAACAAGCGUGUCAGUAGGCAGCAUGUCAACCGGUGACGCACGCAUGCCUCGCAUGUCCUUGCCAUCAGUUCACAGCUCUGGCAACCAAAGCCCGACUGAGCACUCUAACAAGUUCGCGAGUGGUCAGCGUAGCCAGAAUGACAGCAUCUGUGCCGAUUUACGCAGCAUUAACAGCCUCACCGGUGGAGAAAUGGCAAGCGACUACGACAACAAUACCAACGAGGUGUUUGAUAAGCCGUGUCGCGACAUCGGUCCAGAGUCUGUAUACAGUACGUUGAUUAGGUCUGUGGAGCCGCGCAACAGCUUCCUAGAUCGAAACGACAGGGAAUUAUGCGGUAGCCAGCUCUCGCUGGUAAGCUCGUCAUCGCUUGGCCUCAUGCAGGAUUCGCCGGACAUUACGGGUGGCGAUAUGAGCAUUUCAAUGACAACCAUCGUCAAGUCGCCCGGGGUGGCAGGGGACGAUGUGGGUAUAGAGCCAAACCCACGCGCACCACCGCGGCCUAUGCCACGGUCCAACAGCAUCAGACCCAUACGGUCGACGACUUCCACCACCAGUAAGGGGCCAUACGAGGAUUUCGAGACGCCGCAGGGCCGUCUGAAGCCGCUAUCCAAGGCGAAAAGCAGCCCAGCGCACGACCUGAACGUCACAGGUACCAUCAAGCCAGCCAGCCCUCGUACGACCAGCAUUCGAGUUACGAAGCCGCCAGCAAAGACUAAACUCGAGGCUCGAAGCAGUGUUGGCAUAAAACUCACAACAGACUCAGACGAUGAUGCUCCAUAUUUGAAGUCCACUGACGUUGCUACAAAUCCUAGCAGCUCUCCUCCUCAUGUAGCGGAGAGGUGUCACUCCAGCAAGCAAUAGCAUCUUCCAAUGCUCUAGGAUAAAUGUGGGUGGAUGUACAUAUAUGUGUGUGUGUGUGUGUGUGUGUGUGUGUGUGUGUGUGUGUGUGUGUGUGUGUGUGUGUGUGUGUGUGUGUGUGUGUGUGUGUGUGUGUGUGUGUGUGUGUGUGUGCAUGUGUGUACAUUUGUGUAUGACCGUUUCCUUGACCGUGCAUAUGUGUUUGUGUGUGUGUGUGUUUGUGUGUGUGUGUGUGUGUGUUCGUGUGUGUGUGUGUGUGUGUGUGUGUGUGUGUGUGUGUGUGUGUGUGUGUGUGUGUGUGUGCACGCGUGUGGAUGCAAGCAUGUGCAUGUGUGCACGUACAUAUGUGUAUAGGAGAGAGGUUAUACGGAGAGGAAGAUGGGAGAGAGAGAGAGAGAGAGAGAGAGAGAGAGAGAGAGAGAGAGAGAGAGAGAGAGAGAGAGAGAGAGAGAGAGAGAGAGAGAGAGAGAGAGAGAGAGAGAGAGAGAGAGAGAGAGAGAGAGAGAGAGAGAGAGA